CGCCGGAAGACAAACCAACGUACAGCACACGCGAUAUUAACCCUCAAGACCAAGGAAAGCGCCAACCAAGUACUCCGUUUUGGAAUCUCAAUUGAGGGAAAGAAAGUAUUUGGACGCAAACUACUACCGGAACCGACACGCUGCCUCAAAUGCCAAUCUUUCGACGGCCCCCACGUAGCUGCAGAAUGCACUCAAGAACACGACACGUGCGGAACAUGCGGAGCAAAACACCGCACGGCAACUUGCAAAGUAGACGACUCCAAUUACUAUCAAUGUACUAAUUGUGAUUGCCAGGGCCACGCAUCAUGGAGUCGAGAAUGUCCCACCUUCAUAAACAGAUGGGAAAACUCCAAGAACAGAUCCGAAGACGCCAAAUAUCGAUAUUUCCCCACCGACGACCCACUCACCUGG